AUGCUGUGCUCAAUGCGAAAUGUCUGUCAACGGUUCAAUACAAUUCUUGAAAGUUAUCACCGAUAUCAGAGACUUACCACAUUGGAUCUCAGCUACAAUGAAAUCGGAGAUAUUGACGCACAAUAUCUUGCUAAUGCAAUAAGAACUAAUACGCCGCUUACCACAUUAAAUCUCGGCUUCAAUUCAAUAGGAGAUGCUGGAGCACAACAUCUUGCGGAUGCAUUACAAAAUAAUACGACGCUUAUUACAGUAAAUCUCUACUGCAAUCAAAUCGGAUAUAUAGGAGCACAACAUCUAGCAGAUGCACUACGAUAUAAUACGAUACUUACCACAUUAGAUCUUGGUGCCAAUGAAAUCGGAGCGGUUGGUGCACAACAUCUAGCAGAUGCAUUACGAAAUAAUGCGACACUUACCACAUUAAAGCUCAAGCACAAUCGUAUCGGAUCUGUUGGUGCACAGCAUCUGGUAGAUGCAUUAAAAAAUAAUACGACACUUACCGAAUUGUGUCUUUCCGGCAAUGAAAUUGGAGUUAUUAGAGCACUACAUGUAGCAGAUGCAUUAAGAACUAACACGACGCUUACCGAAUUGAAUCUCUCCAACAAUCCAACUGGAGCCGCUGGAGCACAAAAUCUAGCAGAUGCAUUACGAACGAAUACGACGCUUACCACAUUAAGUCUCAAGGACAGUGAAAUCGGAAAUGCUGGUGCACAGUAUAUGGCGGAUGCAUUACAAAAUAAUACAGUGCUUACCACAUUAAAUCUCGAUCAAAAUCAAAUCGGAGACAUUGGAGCACAGCAUCUCGCCAAUGCAUUAAAAACUAAUACGGCGCUUAUCACAUUACAUCUCAACGAGAAUCAAAUCGAAGACACUGGAGCACAGCAUCUAGCGGGUGCAUUACAAAAUAAUACGGCGCUUAGCACAUUACAUCUCAACGAGAAUCAAAUCGGAGCAGUUGGUGUACAGCAUCUGGCGGAUGCAUUAAAAAAUAAUACGACGCUUACCACGUUAAAACUCAAAUGGAAUGGAAUUGGAGAUGUCGGAGCGCAGCAUCUAGCGAAUGCAUUACAAAAUAAUAAGACGCUUACCACAUUAGAUGUCAGCCGGAAUCAAAUCGGAGUUACUGGUACAUUGCAUCUAGCGGAUGCAUUACGAAACAAUACCGCGCUUACCACAUUAAAACUCAAAGGGAAUGGAAUUGGAGAUGUCGGAGUACAGUAUCUAGCGGGUGCAUUGCAAAAUAAUACGGCGCUUACCACAUUAAAUCUCAGCUACAAUUCAAUAGGGGAUGCUGGAGCACAACAUCUUGCGGAUGGAUUACAAAAUAAUACCACGCUUAUCACAUUAGAUCUCGAGGAAAAUGAAAUCGAAGCUGCUGGAAUACAGCAUCUGGAGAAUGCGUUACAAAUUAAUAAAGUAACUAUCAUUGUCUUCCGUAACUAUCUUGUAUAUUCAUCUACGCUUUUUUAUACAGACGGUAACCAUAUUACAUAUUGGCAUCAAUGGGAAAUAAGACAAACUCGAGAAGCAAAUCAAUAA